AUGUUUCCCACUUUUAUAAAUUAUACAACUUUAUCAGUUCCAAAUUCAAUUCAAAUACCCAAUAAUUUAAAUAAUAUAAAUAAUAUAAUAAAUAUACAAAAUAAUAAUAAUAAUAUCAAUAAUAAUAAUAAUAAUAAUAAUAGAAAAAAAAGAUCAAAGAAUGCAUUAUUACAUUUUAUAGCAGGUGGUAUUGGUGGAGCAGCAGGAGUUAUAUGCACAUCACCAUUAGAAGUUAUAAAAACUCAAUUACAAGCAAAGAAUUCCAAUUUAUUAGUUAAAGAUAAACCAAGAUUUGUGCCAACUACAGCAUAUUCAUUAUAUCAUUUAGUGAAAAGAGAUGGUAAGAGUGGACUUUGGAAAGGGUUGGGGGCCCAUUUAUUAGGUGUUGCACCAGCGAGAGCGAUUCAUUUCAGUAGUUAUAGUUUUACCAAAUCAAUAAUGAAUAAACUUGGAUACACUGAUGGACCAAUACUUUGGAUUACAAGUGCCGUUAGUUCGGGUGCAGCAGUUGCAAUUACAACUUCACCCAUUUGGUUAAUUAAAACACGUAUGCAAUUACAAACCUCAUUAAAGAAUUUCAAUGAGGGUACUCAAUAUCGUGGUAUGUUCCAUUGUUGUCUAUCGAUUCUCAGAGAAGAGGGACCAUUGGGUUUCUACAAGGGAUUGGGUGCAUCAUUGAUUUCAGUCUCAGAGAGUGCUUUCCAAUUCGUACUCUAUGAAGGCUUUAAGAAUCGUAUCAUCACUGAAAAACGUUUAAAAGGUUACGAAAAUCCAAAUGAAUUAUCAACAAGUGAAUAUUUAAUAUCUGCUGGUAUUGCUAAAUUAAUUGCUGCAAUCACAACCUAUCCUCAUGAAGUAGUUAGAACUCGUUUACGUGAACAAACUAAACCAGGUGUAAAAUCAAAAUAUACUGGUGUCAUUCAAGGUUUAACUUUAAUCGCAAGAGAAGAAGGUAUAAGAGGUUUAUUUGGUGGUGCUGGUCCACAUAUCAUUCGUGUAGUUCCAAAUUCUUGUAUCAUGUUUUUAACUUAUGAAUUGGUUUUGGAUAUAGCUCAUGGUGUAUCUUUAUUAUUUGAUACAAAUCAUUAUCGUCAAUAA